GAGCACAACUCGUUUGAAAAUCAGUAAUUACCGUAAAAUUCUUCGGGAGAAAAUUGAAUUUGAAUAUUACAUUUUCAAUGUUUUUCUUAUUGCAGAGAAAUGUAUUUUAUUAAAUAACUCUGCGAGUUUUCAACAUUUUUUGUUCAAACUUGGUCAGAUGGUAGAACUAGUCUAAUGCUUUCAUUGAAACCAAUAAAAAAAUUUUAGGCAAAAUUAACACUCAAAGGUGUUCUGUAACCUUAAUCUCCGCCUCUCCGGCUCACUGUCAAAUUUAGAUUCCCCAAUGGCAAUGCUUAAAGCCUGUUUUCCACUCACGUAUUUCGCCGCCGCUGGCGAAAAAUUUUGACAAAGAAAUAAUUUUUUUUACAUUCAUUCGCCGCUGAAGAAAUUUGUUCUCCUGCUGCAGUUGCUUAAAAUUUUCAACUUCUGUUUGACCUUUUGUUCACGGCGCGAAAGAACAACAAAUGAACUUUUUCGGUGGCGAAAUGUUUCGCCAGCGGCGGCGAAAUACGUGAGUGGAAAACGGUCUUAAGUCACUGUCAGAGUCAAUCAGAGUUAUUUUCCAGGAAGAUUCACUUCGACACCAACUUAAGAAAGCAAGCUAUAUUUGGUACUAUAUAUUAUUGAUCUUCCAAAAUAAGUGAUGUUUUGCUUGAAUUCCAAUUGGAACAUAGCAAACAUCGUGUUGGUUCGCUUGUACCUUUGUAUAUAAUUUUUUUCCUGUGACCAGACGAAAAGUAGCCGGCGGUAAAAGUUCAAGUAGCCGGCGGAACUCCGCCGGCCGCCGGCUUAUUCUGAAACCCCCAUACAAGGCUCCUUCUUUAAAUUCUCUAAUGUUAUUUACUUCUACAACCGAGCAUGGUAAACUGUUCCAGUCACUGAUAAUCCUUACAAAUAGUGAGUAUUUGUAACAAUUAAUUUUGGGUAGUUUAGGAUAUAAGGUGUAUUGGUGGUUAGAUCUUGUCCUCUUGGAGUGUCUAUAUUCUAAAACUUCGCUGAAUAUUAUGCCGCCAUUAAGUUCAAAUACUAUCUUGUAGCACUCUACUAGGGAAAGAAACUUUCUACGUUUUUCUAGUGUGUCCCAUUUUAGCAAUUUACAACGUUCGUUGUGUGGCAUUUCGCCUCGUUUCUGUUUCAGAGCAAUUCUCGAUGCUCUUCUUUGAACACGUUCUAGGGCUUUCACGUCUUUAACCAGAUAUGGCGACCAAACUGGCGCUGCGUAUUCCAAGACAGGUCUCACCAAGGAUUUAUAUAAUGUGGAAAAAAUGCUCGUACUUGAAAAACCGAUAGUCCGUUUAAUUAAACCAACAAUACGGUUAGCUUUCUUAACUGUCGAGGCAACCUGAUUACUCCAUGAUAGAUCACUAGAUACAAUUACGCCUAGAUCUUUAAAUUCGUUCACCACUUUUAGUUUCUUGUCAGACAAGUAGUAUUCGGGUAUUGAUUUAUCUUUAUGAUGAGUUAUCCGCAUAACUUCGCACUUAUCAAGAUUGAAGCUCAAUUGCCACAAAUUUGUCCACUCACUCAUACGGUUCAAGUCUGACUGAAGUAUUUCCCCGUCGUUCUCUGGGUCCGAUAGCUUACGGUACACUUUUGUAUCAUCUGCAAACAGCUUGACGUGACUUACAAUUUCAUUCGGGAGAUCGUUAAUAUAAAUUAAAAACAGAAUAGGUCCUAAAAUUGUUCCCUGUGGUACCCCUGAUGUUACAUUGGUCCAUUUCGAAUACGAUCCCCGAACUACUACUCGUUGACGAUUUGUAAGAAAGUUUCUAAACCAUUUCAGUAAAGCCCCUCCAAUACCGUGCUGUUCCAACUUAUACAGCAGACGUUCGUGUGGCACGCUGUCAAACGCUUUACUGAAGUCUAUAAAAACAACAUCGGUUGCUUUUGUAUCGUUUCUAGUCUUUGCCCAGUCGUUGUAGCAUAACAAUAAUUGGGAUAAAGUAGACUUGUUCUUAAGAUAUCCAAAUUGAUUUUCAUUAAAUACUUUCUGACUGAGCCAAAAUUCAACUGAUCUAUCCCGAACAAUCUUUUCUGCUAUCUUAGAUAUAAUAGAUGUUAGUGAGAUUUGUCGGUAGUUUUCUCUCUUGCAUUUCGAAUUCUUUUUGUGGAGCAAUAUUAGCUAGUUUCCAGUCUUGGUGAGAUUUCAGUGAGAUUUCUGAUGACUAUUUUAAUAUCAUAAAUGUAACUUUUACCGAAAACCUAACCUAAUCUCCCCUACAAGUUUAUCCCGUGUAUUAUAUUAUGCAUACUGUCAAAAGAAAUGUGAGGCACGGUGACUUUGUUGGCCAAAAACAUCGAUGACUGUCCAUAUCAUUCUCAAACUGUGUUCUAUUAGUAUAUGCUCGCUCCAUACAGAUAAGAGAAAUUAUUGACCCAUUGUGGAACGAAGGUACGUCUUCACCUUUCGUAACCCACUGAAAGAUCUUUCUGCAGAACAUGACGCAGUUCGAAUCGAUGCCAAGAUGGAACUUGCUUUGUAGAAGACUGGAGUCAUUCCUUAAAAUGCCAGUGUCAUGAGUACCGUACAUCUGGCGUACCUCUAGCGUAUUCAGCGUGCGCCUAGAGUAAGCUUAUCGUAUAAACCAUACGUCCAAAUACGCACAAAAUUUUUAAGCCUGCUUAUAAAAUGUUUCUGUCUCGCCAGGCCUUGCCGUAUGCCAGCGUAUACUACCAUUUGCGACCGUGCUUGAAACGUAUGUCAGCGUAUAUACCAGCGUAUGAGUAAUAUUUUUCAUACGCUGACAUACGCUAGCAAUCUUUCAUAACUAUGGUGAACAACAUUGUUACAAUUAACAGCUACAAUAUAUGAUUUUCUUUAAAAUGAUAAUGUCUCUUCGGUGGGAGUGAUGUCUGUUUAGCGCCAGUUAGCGCUCGCGCCAAUCAGUUAUGGCACAUAAACAGUGGCGCAAAUAGAAAAGCAGUGUUUAUUAUAAUUAUUUUUGUCACCUUUAUGAAAGCAUAUAUUCUAGUUCCAAUAUUUUUAAAAAUUUCGCAUUUUUACUAUUAAUAGUGUUUGUUUGUUGGAAAGACCAAAUUGAUUUCAGGUAUACAAGAAGAUUGCCGGACUCUCAAGUACAAAUUGCCCGACUAAUGAAUAUUUCUGACUAAACUGGGGGGGGCUGCCACCCCCCCAGUCCCCCGCCUCGUACGGGAGGGGCAUGCCCCCAGACCCCCUACAAUUCUCGUGCGUUCGUCACUCGCCCCCCAUCAAAAUUUCGCAAAGUUUUCGCCACUGGUCACAACGACCCCACAACAAGCUACAAUGACCCCACUGUUGUCCAACAACAACCCACAAGGAGACACAACGAGGCAACAAUGAUCCCAGAACGAGAAACAACUAGGCCUCUCCCGUUGUGCUCAUAAAAUCGCAAAAAGUUGCUCCCUAGAACCAAAAAGUUGCUCUCUAAAAAGCAUAAAAGUUGCUCGAAAGUUGCCCGAAAUAAAAAAAAGUUGCUACUAAAAUUCAAAAAGUUGCUCGUACUCAUUACGUUAAUUUCACGAAAUACGUUAAUUAAGCUUUAUACAAUUUCCAAAUUUUAAAAAUUUUCUGGGUAGUAUGCUCCCACACACAUGGCCUUCGGCCAUUGCUAUCCCCCUCUAAUAAGUAAUGAUAAAUUACGGUUAAUAUUUUUUUAAACUUUUUGUGCGUUUUUUCCUUCUUUUAUUUCAAAUACAAGACAGUGUAUUUAGCAUAAAUUUUGGAGCAAAUUUGAAUGCUUAGAAUGCAGGAAAUGGCAUUUCCGUGCUUCAAAUUUCAAAAAUUUUCUGGAGAGUAUGCCCCAGACUCCCUAUUCAUGCGUGGUAUGUCGGCCACACACGUGGCCUUCACCCGUUCCUAUCCCCCUCUAAUAUAUUAUCUCACAGAAAGGUCCCUUUUCAAAAAAUGCCCCCCCCCCACGGGAAAAUCCUUAGAAAAGGCCCUGUCGUUGUGGGAUCAUUGUUGCCUCUUUGUGUCUCCUUGCGGGUUGUUGUUGGAUCGUUGUUGCUUGUUAUGGGGUCGCUGUGGCUGGUUGUGGAUCGUUGUGGCUUGUUGUGCUCCCUGCCAACAUUGAAACAAUUAUUCAAUGUUGAUUCAUUAUCCAACAAACUAUAUUUGUAUGCCAACCCUUUCCCGCAAUACUAUACAAUCCCAAAUCAUCAUCCCCUGGAAAGAAGCGGUGCCCCCUGAAGUAGUAGCAAAUUUAUAGCAGUAUUUGACAAAUACUAGUGUCAGUGAUAUAUCUUUAAAACGCUUUCCUAUUUCUACAGCUCAAAGUUGACGCAAAUCCCGAGAUCAAAUAUAACCAAGUAAGUUAACAUGAUAUGUGCACAGCAAUCCUGGACUUGUCAUUGUUUGACAAGGUUGAACCAAUCAUAGAACUGUCUAAAGUUAGGCAUGUUUGAAAUGACUGAAAUUCAACAUUUACUCGUAGUGAAAGAAUUGAUUUACAUAAAAAAUUAACACAUGUGUUUUAUUUAUGUCAAAUUUUAUUGCAUUACCUAGAUUUUUAUCAACAAUCAAUUUCAAGACUCUGUAAGUGGAAACACAUUUCCGACCAUCAACCCUGCUACUGAAGAGAAAAUUUGCGAUGUUGCUGAAGGAGGCAAGGUACAGCCCAGUGAUCAAAUGUAACAGGCAUAUGGAAAGAAUUAAGAAAGGAUAUUCUGUGACUGUGACAGCAGUGCUGCAAUGCGCAUGUAUACUGAUAUUGCGAACAAAUCAAGGUUUACACAUCAUUACUAGAUAUGCAUCAAGCGUUUCAGUUUCUUGUGUUUCCAGACAUUUCAGUUCUAUAAGCUGCUUCGCCAUGUUGCCUAAAAGGAACCCAAAUUUCAUGUAUAACUAUAGAACCAGCUGCAAAACUAUAACUCUAUAAACUUACCAACAGUUGCCCCCUGUUACUUAUAGGAAAGAACUCAACUAAUUAAGGGAUUACAUAAAUUAUUUUUCAAAAACUGAUUAUACCAAAGUCUGACUAUAGUGCUCCCUGUGCAGUUAGGUUAAUAAAUUACUAAAAAAUGCAUGUUUUAUACCAUUACCUUAAUUAUAUAAAGCCUAAAGGAAGAUGGUGACCCUGCAUAUUUAAUUUAUAUGAAGAAAUUGCAUACUAGGAAUUCAGUUCCAUAGGAGUUCUGUCUGUGACCGAGGCAACAGCGUGCCUGUAUACUGCAUUGCAAACAACUAAAACAAGUGGUUGCAUAUCAGCUGUAUUUCAAUUGCUUGUGUUUCCAGAUCAUGCAUUUAGGCUAAAAGAAUACCCAAAUUUCUAAUGUAACUAUAAGUGUGGUCGAAAAAGUUAAAUAAACCUUUCCGGUAAUUACGUCACAACUACACCGUUUUCAACUUAGGACCGCCUUAAAUUCGAAGGCCAUGUUACACGGUGCAAUUUUUCUUGCAACUUGCAAUGCAAUUCUACUCUUGAGAGAUGUAAAAUUGCCAAAUACGAGUCUUCAUUACACUCCGCUGAUGUUUUCUCAACAUAUCGAAAAUUCUUCACUGAUUUCACCAAUUAACAUCUCUCAAGAGUAGAAUUGCAUUGCAAGAAAAAUUGCAUCGUGUAACAUGGCCUUAAAUGGAAUAGAUUUCAAGUUUGUUUCUCACGGGCUAUGGUCAGAGAAGCAGAACAUCCUUUACCAUAGCCCGUGAGAAACAAACUUAAAAUCCAUUCCAUUUAAUUAGUAGGACAUUUCCAGUAUUCCGACAUUUAUAUAUAAAUGUCGGAAUACUGGAAAUGUCCUACUAACUCUAAUACAUUUUCUUUCACAAACCCUGUAUCAAACGGACACCUCAAUAAUACGGACAUGCACUUUACUGUAUCCACUUUAGCAUCGAACUGUAUACUUUAUAUCGAGUGUCCUUGUUUUAUUUUUGUAUUUGAUAUUAGUGUAGUAUUGUUUACCCUGCAGGCUGAUGUUGAUCUUGCAGUCAAAGCAGCUACCGAGGCGUUUAAACUUGGCAGCCCUUGGAGAACUAUGAAUGCAUCAGAUCGAGGCCAAUUAUUGUAUCGUCUUGCUGAUUUGAUUGAGAGAGACCGAGAAUAUUUAGCUGUAAGUUAACUAUUAGUAUUACAAUUAUAGCUGCAUGUUAAAUUGAAUGUACGGUACAUUUGAUUACACAUUUGGUUAUGAACUGAAAUGUAAUGUAUCAUGUAUACUACAGUAUCAGACUUUGAUCAAGACAUACUUUCGUGACAAAAACCUCUAUAGGUACAGUAAUGUAAACUUUAUACAAUAUAUUUUCAUAUAUAAAGGCGUAGAGAAGCGUGAAACUUUCACUCAGAAACUUUGGAUUAUAAUAAGAUCGUGUCUUUGAAAUUGGUUUACGCUAUGGCACACUUUAAUAUACCAUUCUUUGCAUGAUACAGAAAAUGCGAUACAUUACGAAUUUUGUGACAACCACUACAGUUCCAACAGGAAGGCGUGGAUUUAUAUACGUAUUCGUUUGAGAAUACUUUUCUUAUUCAAGUUUUUGUUUACUACCGGUUUGUAUUUUUUAAUAUCAUCCUGCUACACAUGCAUGACCCAUUUAAGUACUUAUCGAAACCAUAUUUAAGCUUUUCAGAACAAAAAAUACCCAAACGGUACCAAACUUUCGAAGUAUAUCUGGGAAUUACGAUAAAGUAAACAAAAACGUUUUAAUAACUUGGUUCAUCUUAAAACAUUUCUUACACGAAAGGAUAAAAGAAAUAGUUUUGACCUACUGUAUAUACAUAAAGCAUUCAAAUUUUAAAUAAACCACCUUAACAAAAAAAUGCAUGGAACACGUGGGCGCCCACCCACGUUUGGACCACGACCAUUUAAGCAGCUCACUAAUCGUCGUCAGUCACCUGAAGAAUCCUUCUUUGCUUUGAAAAAGACUGUAGUGGAAAAUUUGCGAAACUAUACUUCACAGAAAAGAUAGUUGUAAUGAACAAGACAUUCUCUUCAACGGCUCAUUGAAUGCCAUCCACUCCUAAAUUUAUUUAACCAAGUUAGAAAGCCAAGGAAAUUUAUUUUAUACAUACGAGUGCGAAGAGCCUAUGAGAGUCUAUGCAUUGCUCUUUAAUGUAUUACUUGCGUUUUACAUGUAUUUUCUCCAGAGUCUUGAAAGUCUUGACAAUGGCAAACCAUGGAAAGACGCGUAUUCAAUUGAUCUUCAUCUGGCAUUGAGAUGUUAUCGCUAUUACGCUGGUUGGGCUGAUAAGAUACAUGGCAAAACCAUUCCAUGUGGUAAAUGAAAUUUACAUGAUUUCUAAAUACGUAUAUUUCCUAGAAUCGUUGUUUUGAAACUUCUACACCUUUCUACGCCCAGACCAUUUCAGGUGGAGGCAAAGAUAAACACCCAAUUAGUGAAUUAGUGAAUUAGUACAUUAAUUACACUAAUUAUUAUUGACACGAAAAGUUACUUUAUUCUGAUUGGUCGGACUGAAAAUAGAGAAUGGUGUUAACGACAAAAUUAUCCAGUUUUCCCUCGUCCAUUCGAUCAUUUUAGAUGGCGAUUUCUUUGCAUACACACGUCUUGAACCAGUUGGUGUGGUUGGACAAAUUAUUCCCUGGAACUUUCCUUUAUUGAUGCAAGCGUGGAAACUCGGUCCAGCUCUUGCUGCAGGAACAUGUAUUGUGAUGAAACUUGCAGAACAGACACCAUUAUCAGGACUCUAUAUUGCAGCUCUAGCUGCCGAGGUACAGUAUAUAUACUAUUACUUUUUAUUAUUAUUCAUCUAAUUAUGGGAAUAAGGCCUGUUUUAUACGUCGAAUUUCGAUCGCGUCGAAUGUAAUACAAACAAUAGAUAAUGAAGCUUAAUGAGGUUUAUCAUCUUAUUAUUUAUUGUCUUAGUUGCAUUCGAUGCGACCAAAAUUCGACGUAUAAAACAGACCUAACUGGUGCAAAUUAAUAAUACGUCAUUUGCAAAAUAUCAGCGGAACAGUUUCUACUCAGUCUCAGCAUGCAUGCACAUUUUAAAAGGCAAUUUGCAGUUGCAAAAUAUAAGUAAACAUGGUUACAAUUUAUCAUGUUUGCUUGACUAAAGAAUGUCGAAAAAACAAAAACGCGACAAAAGCUGCCGAAAAAAAAUAGGAAGAAGACAAGUUACUGGCGUUUUCGGCUGACCUGGGAAGAUUCGUUAUUGUUCUUGUUUGUUAAUCUUUGAGAGAGACAAUGAGAGUGAGACAUGAAAAAUUUGAAACAACUAUACAAUAUAUUGAACUCAGUUAUCGUAAAUAUGUUCCUACAGGGGCCGGUUGCACGAAAGCCGGAUAGCGUUAUCCACUGCAUAGUGAUUUUUUCAAGCUUUCUUGAAUUAGCCGUUGGUUGGUAUAACCCAGAUUAAACUUACUAAUUAAGUUUCCUUUUAUAUUAAUUAUGGGAUCCAUGUUCGUAGUUUUUUUCACUUUUCAAGCAUUUUUACAACGGUUGAAAAGAUCACUAUCCGGUGGAUACAGCACCAUGAUGUUUUCAUAUAAAAGUGGGUGAAGUUUCUUUCGGUGUAAAUUCAAAUUCAUAUAAAUUGUACAGUAGAAUUAAUGCAUGCAAGUGUCUUCUGUGUGUCUCUUCUUGUGUUGUAUUAAUUAAUAAAGAUUUUUUUCUAGGCUGGAUUUCCUCCUGGAGUUCUUAAUAUUGUUCCUGGUUAUGGUCCAACUGCUGGAGCUGCCAUUUCUGAACAUUUGAUGAUAGAUAAAGUCGCUUUUACCGGAUCAACGGAGGUACGAACGGACUGUACGCCCAUGAACUUGUGGAGGGGGGAGACAGGGCUGCAGAAAUAAUAGACUGUGCAUUUGACCCGAAAUAGGUUAAAAAUGAAAAAGUGGAAGCUGGGAAGUAAAAAGAGGGGGGGGGGGUUGCUGCUGAAUCUCUGGGAACCCCAUUAUUGGAUUAUAUCUCUGUGGUCAGUCACUGCCUGUACUGUAUGUACAACCUCGUUCCCAGGCUCCUACCUCUUGUGGAGGAAAGACCCUGGUAGGAUGGUAGGAGCUGGUCACGUGAUCUGCUAAAAUCUAGCAGAAUUUUAAUUGAUGACGAUGAUGUUGAUAAAUAUUUGAUAUUUAUCAUUGAUUUUAUUUUAUUUUAAAGGAAUCCAAGCUCUCGUUAGCCCGCUACCAGCCCGCGCGCCCGUUGUUCAACACUGAGCUAUAUAAAUACUUUGUACAUUCAAUAAUAUGCUUUCAAUAAAACAUGGAUGGGAUCCCUGUAUAGAAAUCUGCUACAUUUUAGCAGAUCACGUGACCAGCUCCUAUACCAGGGUCUUUCCUAGGCUUGGGUAAAUUAUGCUCGAAAAUAUGGCUAUUAUGCCCGAAGGCAGUGCUCGUUAAAACAAUGUAUUAUGCUCGUGAAACAGCCUAUUAUGCUCAAUUAUAUGCUCGAGCAAAAUUCAAUUUUAAUAGGUACAAAAACUCAAAAAGUCGUACAUUUUAGCUUUAAAAUGUUCCGCAAACAAGCCAGAUCUGACUUUCUGGGAGCUCUCAAUACAGUCUAGCAUUUACAACUAAAUUAUUUCCUUCUACUUCUUGCCUUACUUCAGAUUCCUCAUCGUCUAUAAGUACUAGAUAAAACAUGAGCAGCCGAUCUGUAUCUGAUAUACAAACUCGAGCCGAAAGCGAGAGUUUGUAUAUCAGAUACAGAUGGGAUGCGAAUGUUCCAUUAUUUUUAUUUCGGAUGCGAAUGUUCCAUUAUUUUUAUUUCUUUAGACUCUAGCCCCAAAGCCAAAGCAUUAUUUUAUUAUUUUUGAAAUCUUUGCUCGAAAACGGCCUAUUAUGCCGACUAUGCUCGUAAGUGCCUAUUAUGCUCCUGAAGCCCUAUUAUGUUCGAAAUUAUGCCGGCAUAAUUUACCCAAACCACUCUUUCCUCCACAAGAGGUAAAAGCCUGGGAACGAGGUUGCUGUAUGUAAACUGUUUAAACAGUCCUGUUUUGGCUACUCUGGUUUUGCAAUGUAACUCGCAAGGAAAUUACACUUCUAUUUGUGUAAAUUUUGAUAUCUAACGGCCUUUUUUUUUGGGGGGGGGGAGUUUUAUUUUAUUUCAUUUUAUUUUAUUUUACAAUAACUGCCAAAGACAAUCAAUAUAAAUACCAUUAAGACAUUAAUGUCCACACUGCACAGGUGGGGAAAAUAGUUCAAGAAGCCGCUGGUAGAAGUAAUUUGAAGAACGUCACUCUGGAACUUGGUGGAAAAAGUCCUAGUAUUGUGUUUGCAGAUUGUGAUAUGGAUAACGCCGUUGAAAUGAAUCAUGUUGGUUUGUUCCUCAAUCAAGGUCAAUGUUGUAUUGCUGGCAGCAGAAUAUUUGUCGAGGAAUCAAUUUACGACGAGUUUGUUGCAAAGAGUGUUGCUAAAGCUCAAGCAAGAGUUGUUGGUGAUCCUUUUAAUGAGAAGACAGAUCAAGGUCCACAGGUACAGUGGUACAAUAAACCCCACACAAAGAUGCGAGUGCGCGCGGUGUGUAAUAGUCCAGCCAACUCAGUCUGAGAGCGCAAAGAAUGACUGAAACGACUUUUUGAAUGAAUUUUAAGUGCUGGCAGUACGGGCCUUAGACCGAAUACAAUACAACAACUGAAUAGUCUCCCUCGCAGCCGCUCGUUGUGUCGAGGUUUCUAACAACUGAACGGCUUAAAAGAAGGAAUGUAUGUGCAGAGUAAUUGAUGUUUCGCUUCCUGUCAGAAAAGAUUAGUGCAGUGUUUGCAACAUAAUUUCACUGAUAGCGUAUUUAUAUAGCUAGUGGUUAGUUUAGGUUCUCAUUUUGUCCAAUUUCAGGUUGAUAAAGAACAAUUCCUCAAAAUCAUGGAUUUAAUUGAGAGUGGUAAAAACGAAGGAGCAAAGCUGGAAUGCGGAGGAGAUCGUAGUUCAGAUAAAGGAUAUUUUAUUCAACCUACUGUGUUCACUGAUGUGCAAGAUGACAUGCGUAUUGCAAAAGAAGAGGUAAAACCGUCAUUUGCAAUAUGACAACCUUUCUCUACUGGAAACGCAGACACCUACAAAUAGUCCUGGUUCGAUCUACCUGAGUAUUUUAUUCAAAUAUUUCGUAUUUAUCUAUGCUAUAGCCAAAUAUUUAUGUGCCAGUCCAGCAGCUUCUUAGAAGACCUCCUCCAUUAAACGAAUUUCACGAUCAUGCGCAUUGCGCAGUUGCGUUUUAAGCUAAAAUGUUCAUCGUUUCUAUCGAGAUUUUUGGUGAUUCAAUGUUCUGCCUUUUGUUCCUAACUUUGCCUUGAGCUAUUCUCAACUCUCUCUUUCUGGUUAAGAGAUUCAUUUUUACCCCAAAUAAAAAUGUGAAAACAUAGUUGAUGAAAAUGACCAGCAUCGUGAUCGGCGUGAAACUCGUAUAUUGAACGAAAGAAUGGCGCGGAUUGAGAGACAACAAUUACCUGAAAAAUAUAAACAAAACUUCGACGUUUCGAGCGCUGGCCCUUCGUCGGGAAGUAACGAACUAACUUCUCGACGAAAGGCCUUCGCUCGAAUCGUCUUAUAUUUUUCAGAUAGUUAUAUCUCUCUCAAUCCGUAGCUGCCUUGUCAUCAUCGCCGUUCCUGAUUAUUGAACGAAAGGUUUUCUAGAGAGCAAAGCAAGUUCAUUAAACUGAACAUAAAUGGACUGAAAAAGGAGCUAAUGAUUCAUAAUAAUUAAAACUGCUGUUCUUACAUUUACAGUCAAAAGAUCCGCUUCCGCUUGUGUAGUCAGUUGUAUUUUUUUGUAAUAUUGUUCUGUUUAUUGCAGCGGUUACCAAAUUAUGAAUAAAUACGGCGAAUAACUUUAGUUUAGGUUGCUUUGUUUAUGAUUAUUUGUAACAAAGGAUGCACUUUUCGUUAGAUUCACUACAUUUUAACACAUACAAGUUGCAAAAUUUCAAUAUUAUCGUCGCAUUUCUCCAUAACCGGAGUAACAGUAAUUUACAAAUUACAUGCAGUGAAGCAGAAUCUUGUAUUUUGGCCGAUGCCAUAUAUUAUACUGAGUAGCCUAUAUAUACGUUUUAAUUCAUAUUGUUUACAAGAGUUUUCAAAUGUUUAUCCUUCUAAUUACCUCGCAUAUAUUUCUCUCCGUUGUAUUUCAGAUCUUUGGACCAGUUAUGCAAAUAUUGAAGUUUAAAACAAUCGAUGAAGCGAUUGAACGAGCAAAUAACACAAUGUAUGGUCUUGGCGCCGGAGUAUUCACCUCCAACUUGGAAAACGCUAUCAUGACAUCGCAUGGAAUCAGAGCUGGACUUGUUUGGUGAGCAAAAUGAACAAGUUGUAGGCAAUUUUGAAGGCAAUUUGGAAUGUAAAUAAGCAGUGGCUACUUUCAGGGCAUUAGAUGAGAGUGUAGGGGAUCAAAUUCGUUCCAAGCCUCUUUCGUCUAUGUCUUUUUUAACAGCUUUACAUGUAAUUUGGCACGUAGAUAACUAGACCUUAUUGUACAUAAUUUACAUAGACAAUUGGAUUUAACAAGAAAUUGGAGAACACUAACUAACACAAGCGAAACGCAAACAAGACUAUAGGUCGCAUGCAUGGUGCUCACCACUACAUAUGUGAUGUAUAUAUAGGACGUAGUCGGAGAAGCUGGUACAAGCAGAAAAAUGUAGGAAUAGUGUAGGUCGUCAUAAGAAUAUAUAACUGUUCUUUUCACUUAAUUGUAAUCAAUAAUUCCAACCUUACUCCACCAGGGUGAAUUGUUACGACAUAUUUGACUGUACCGUUCCAUUUGGUGGAUACAAGAUGUCUGGAACCGGACGAGAACUGUGAGUUCAUUAAUUAUUGUAUUUGAAUAAUGAGCUUGACAACUUAGCAUUUGUAUGAAGUACAGUUGUUGAUACGAACACUUUAACGAUCAGAUUUGACACACACAAUCUUCUAACCUUGCAGGGGAGAAUAUGGUUUGUCGCAGUAUUCUGAAGUGAAAACGGUACGUAAUCUAAAUGGCUGAAUCCUAAACUUGUCUCUAAGCCUUCAUUUAUAUCCAAAUGCUAAUAUAAACUAUAUAUCUAUAACGUUCUAGUGGUGUUUCAGUUCUUACGAGUAUGUGCAGGGCAAGCAGAAAAUUCGACUUGACCACGAAUGGGAAUCGAUCCCGCGACCUUGGCAUUUCUAAGGGGCUGUUUAUAUGAUCCCGCUUAUACCCGGGAUUCGAUGAAGUGUGACGUAUUUUGAGCAAUUGAAAUAUGUCUCACUUCAUGAUCUAACAAAAUUGCUUGUUACAAAUUGUAUGAAAUUCCAUGUUUUAGACAAAAAAAACAAAUGUUGUUGAAUGCUAUUAAUCGACUUCUUCCACCACAUAGCUUCUAGCGCGUUCCUAAUUUCGUUUAAACAAUAUUUAAAGUUAUCUAACUUUUGUUUAUGGCUGAAAAACGUAUUUCAAUUGCUCAAAAUACUUCACACUUCAUUGAAUCCCGGGGUAAGCGGGACCAUAUAAACAGCCCCUAGAACGACGCUCUAUACCGUCUGAGCUACAAGGAUAAGUUGAGAACGAUGUUACUUAUUUGUGAUGUUAUUGAGGUUAGGCCUAGGUUAGAGAGUUUCAUUGGGUUUCGUAUAGUAACAGUACUUAUUUCACUGUUGAAAUUUAGAUCAUGACGAAGAUUCCACAGAAGAAUUCCUAGAAAUGAUGACACUUUGCUUGAAGAGCUCAAAAUGUAGAGCUUUACUUUAAUUUCAUAAAGUCAAACAGGAAAUGUGUUUCUAGUAUAGAUUUUACAUUACAUGCAUGCACACUACUGUUAGAAUUAUUAAUUUGCUGUUGUACUGUGACGUUUAGUGGAUGUAUCCGUAUUUGUAGAAGUUUUUUUUUUAAUUUGUAGAAAUAGUAUAAUGCAAACAUUUGUGUCAAUUUAAAUAAUCUCGCUUGUUUGUUUGUUAUCUACUUUUGUUGUGACACUGAUAGUAAGCGUAUAUCGAUCCUCUCUAAUGCAUUAUUGUGCAUGUGCACAGGUUUGCCC